AUGCAAUUUACAAGAAAGUUUUUGUCAUCAUCAUCAUUGUUGUUGCUGUUGAUCACUUUAUUAUUAUUAUUAAGUGAAUCUAUCAAUGGGUUAAUUAUCCAAAAAAGUUUGAAAGUUAAUGGUAUUGGUAAUGGUAUUGGUAUUGGUAUUGGUAUUGGUAAUAUCAAAAGAAAUCGAGUAACUGUUGAUAAUGAUCCAAUGGAUAGGACUAUAGCAAUAACUCAUAAUAAUCCAAUUCCAACUGAUAAUGCCUCAAAUUCUCAAUCUCAAUCAUCAUCAUUAUCAUCACUGAUUGCUGAAACUACUACUAGUAGUGUUACUAGUAGUGUUACUAGUAGUGUCCAUAAUAAUGGUAAUCAACUUCAAAUUAUCACUAGUGUACCAAUUAUAGCUGUUAUGAUAUUAGGUUUAUUAUAA